GAGGGGAAAUUAAUGAUAUCACCAAACUGAAAACUCUUUCAAGUUGCCUUUAAUUGCAGAGGGCAUGGGCAGCGAUUUCAGUUUUUAGCUCUCAGAUCUCUUGCUGUCCCCAGAGGGAUUUGCCCUCCUCUCCUCCUGCACUGCCAGCAUUCCUCCUGGAGUGGCUGAGCCAGGUGGCAGUGGGGCAGGCAGAUGACUCCAGCAUGGGCUCCAACUCAUGUCUCCAACACCAUCACCUCCAGCACUUUCCCUCCUCAUGGCACUCCUGAAGUUGAUGUCCCCCAGGACCCCAACUUCACAUGAGCACCUGAAUUCAAGGCACCCAUGGAGCUGUGCUCCCUAUUUCCAGUCUCUCGUAGAAAAUCUUCAGAGUAGAAAGGAGAGGAUCUGGGAGGGACUCUCUUCUAAACUGCAUUGCCACUGCCCGCCCAUGGUCUGCUCACCCUAAUGCACCAGGCUGCACCAUCCGUCUUUGUCUCCCAGGAAGCAUCAGUGAGACAGGCUGAAGAUUGCUCUAAGAGCUGUUUCCAUAGCUUGAAAGACCAAAAAUUAUAAUUGCAACAGGUCCAGGAGCAGAAAGAGGAAGUAUAAAGCUUUAAAUUCUAGUCGCACUGUGGAAGGAAUAACAGAUGUGCUGCUGUGCUGGAGACGUUUCCAGGCUGAACCCCUCCGCGCCCCUCCCAACAUCAGUAUUCUGCUUGUUGUCCCCACCGGCCAGCAUGAACUGCCCUGAUGUCUUCUUGCUGUGAAUUCAUGCCUUCGUGAGGAAUAAAUACUCACGAGGCUUCGAAGAGGGACAUUCCCAAAGCCGGUGCUGUGCAGCAGGCUUAGCGUAUUUUGCCUUUCUUGGCUCAAGCACUCACAGGGCACUGUUCCCCUAUAGAAUCAUCUCUUAGCAUUGCCAGCCUCCACAAUUUCGCACAGAAAUGGGACCAGAAAUGCUGUGCCUGGACACGAGAAGAUCUCUUAGCACUGGCCUGUGUAAGAACCUUUAACAUCAGCUGCACCUCCUGGACUUGGAAUGAGCACAGCAGAUGUGUGUGUUACCAACAAGCACAGUGUGGCAAUGGCAGAAGGAGAUCCCACCCCAGAGCUCAUGUGCGAAGUGGGGAUAACAUGGAAUGCUUCCUGCUGAAAAAGAAAAAACGUUUUAACCCAUCUGCCAAGCAACUGCUUCAAAUUAUAUUUUGUGAUAAAAGCAAAUGAAGCGUAAUUGAGAAGAGACAAGAGAAUCUUGCCCUGAGAACAGAGCGAUAAGAAACGCGUUGUGACAACGGUGCGAUGUAUAUCGUUACUCUGCAGUGCACCAAACGUCCCCGCUGCCCCAGAGCUGUGACUGUGCUGUGGGGAGGGCAGCUGGCUGCUGUGGUCGUGAAGCUGAAGAUGUGCCUUCCUCCUCCUGUGUGAGACCGCUCCUCUAAGCCUUACACACGUUGCUGGAAGACUUAGGCCAACCAGCUGCCAGGAAUGAGGUAAAAAAGGCACUGAGAUGCUCCUGGAGAUGCUGCUUAAAGAACAAAUGUCAGACAGAGAUGCCUGCUGCAGGUAUGCAAGCUGCCCAACCUGCAGCCUGUCCCAGGUUAUUAGAAAGCACUGAGGGACGUGUGUCUGAACGGCAGAAAACUGAAGAAGUCACGCACUCUGGCUCAGUACUGUGGACCGGGUGCAUGGCAGCACCUUGCAAAGGAGCAGCACGAGGACAAGCAUCACUCUGCGCUGCAGGGAGGGACCUGCCUCCAUCUCCCAUGGGGGUUGACCUUGUGGCUGCCCUGCUCUCUCCAUCGCUGAGCACAGAUCCCAGCCUGGAAGCUGCACUCAUGUCAGCUGGAUGGAGCGGGAGCUGCUGCUGCCUCGGCUGCUCUUCGUUGUGCCUGCAAAGCACCCAACUUCGUGCCAAAGGAAACAGAAGAAGCAAGCCAGCCAUCUGAGUUUCUCUGUCUCUGAUCUCCCAGCGAACCACUUCAGCUGAGCACUAAAAGCAAAUGCCUGUAAGCAAGGACAUUUAUUCAGUGCAGAGGAAACACGCUUACUGUGUGCAUCUGCUGAACACAUAUUUAAAUGGAAGUUCACUGCCCUCCUGGGCACAUGGAUUUGGUAAUGAAACCCCCAGAGGUGAGGAAGGAGUCAACAGACAGACCCAUAUGGGCAACACUGGAGGAUUAUGUGCAGGAACGCCACGAGGCUUUUGCUACCACCAGAUAAACCCUCCGCAUGUGUCUCUGAGGUUCCAGCUGAAGAUGUCUGCUCAGAAACGGUAAACGUGUUUGAAUAGCGCUCUGUGUGUGCAGAGGCUCAAUAAGAAGCAUGCACUUCCUUUGCUGUGGAGCAGAAGGUCUCUGAACCCACAUCCUGCACUCCUCGGAGCCAUCAGGGCGCUGCCGUUAGCUCUGUGGGAGCAGAAAGGAGCACUUACGUGGCAUCAUGACAUGCUGCUGCAGAACGAGCCCAUUACCGCAGGAAAACACCAGCAGGGCAUCCUCUGUGUCAUACAAGAGGAAAGGGUAGGAAAUGAAACGCUGCUACGAUGUGUGAGGAAAAUGGGUCACCUACUUUGUGUGAGGAAGCGCGCAGGAUGCUCACAGUGUGUUUCAAUGUGCAGUGCCUGGUUUGGAGCAGCUGGGAUGUGGUUUUGCAGGUAGGAUGAUGCCAUGUGGGAUCACCAGGCUUGUCGGUGGCCCUGCCUGGCAGUAGGAUGGCAGGGAGCUGCUCCCGGGGCUCCUCCUGUCACUGAGAUGGGCACCACGGAUCCUCUGGCUUUAGCCAACUGGCAAAUACAAGAUUGUCAUGGUUCAGUGAUUUUUUGAUGUCUGUAUUCCACAUUAUAAUAUCAUGUAGUGCACUGGCAGUUAAAGAGUUAAUGCUCCAGUUCUAUGGAUUGUGGAUAUUGCUGGGUUCCUGGUUGGACAAGGCUGUAUUUCCUAAGGUGAGUUGGCAUAUGUUCAUCUGGCUUAAUCAGAUCACACCUUGCCUACCUGCACCGGGUUCUACCUUAAAAAUCUACUCACCUUUCCCCCACACAGGUGCAAUAUCCCCAUUCUUCCCUCUCCAUUGAUAUGGAAAGGUUGCUGAGGGUGGUGAAUCACCUGCCUAACUCCAGCCCAGAGUCCCCUUCUCAUUUUGAAAUUGGCUCAUGAUUUCUUUUAGCAUCCCUCGAGGACGGUCAUAUUCCAGUGAUGGUUUGAAGACUCUAUGAUUGUUUCCUCGCAAGGCGUUUCGUUUUACUUUUAACUUUCCUUCAAGCCCAAGGUUCAGAAAGCAGCGCUGUGCUCUGUGCCUGCUGGCCAUCGGCUGUGCAGCAAAGCUUUGGUGCUUCAAGGAGAGGGUGAGAUGCUCUGCAAGAUUUGAAAACGUCCCGAUUUUUAUUCCUGAAGAGUUAAAUGACGUGGAUUUACACUGACAUACGCAUACAGGCAGCUUUUUUCCCCCCCCAGCAGGUACAGAAGUGAGUGCCUGGUGUGACACCUGUGAACGGAGCUGCACAAAGCAGCAGUGACAGCGUGGUUCCCGCAGCAGAACUCAGUGCCACGCUGCUGCUCACUGCUCCAGCUUCCCUUCUCCUGGCACUGCCUCAGAGUACAGCUUCAUCCGGAGAUGCCAAUGGUGUGACAACACGGAGCUGCAGCAGGUGCAGUGCUGCGGGGCUGCAUUGUGCCUCCAUCACCAUCCCUACCCUCCAUCACCACAGCAGCCUCCUUUGCCUGCCCACAGAUGCACAGACCUGGCUAUAAAGGGAGCUGCCAGUGCUGUGGCUUGGCCUUGUGUAGCCCUGGUCCUUCUGUGCCCCAGGAUGCCCAAACCUGCUGUUGGUGGCAUUGCAGGGGGCUGAGGCAGCAGCCGUCCUUCUCAGCUUCCAGGAGAAGACCAGAAGGCAGCUGAGCAUCACUGCCAUGCUCUGACAGGAGCUUACACCUGGAAAGCAUUGGCAGGAAAGCAGUGAAGUCAUCGCAGGUCAAACGCUGAGUGUUGCUUAAAAAGGGAAGUUCGGACUAUGGACACGUGAACAAAUUGCCCUAAGGAUCCCACGUACCAACUGAUGUGUGAGAACCACUUCUUAUCUGCAGUGAGAACCAGCCCAUGCAAGCAGCUGCCCAGUGUGACCUUGGAGCCACGAGGGACAGGCAGGAAGGCAGCUCCUCACCUUGCUGCUCCUUAUGCCAGCUGCGCAGGGCUUUCUCACAUACUGCAAAGGAAUCUUUCCUCCUCCAUGAAGGCGCCCCAUCAGACAUUCACUGCACAUCCAAAUCUGCUUGAAGUUUGGUGCUCCGUGGCAUAUGAGAGGCUGAGAAACGCAGAGAAACGGUGCAUUGAGCGUAAGGUGCUGCAUUCAUGGAGAAUUACAUCUCUUCCAGAGAGAGCCCGGCUGCCUGGAUGCACUACAGCAAACCAGCUGAAAAAAUGUACUCUUACAGGCUGGAAAGGACUGGACGACCCAAUGGGGUUGGACAAGAGCUACAAAGCCAUCCAAACGUCCUGGGAUCCUGCAGUCAGGAAAGGCACAGAGAGGGAUAAUAUGGUAUUUCUCUGAGCUUUUGGACUGCCUUGCGGUCUCCAAGCAAGAACGCAGUGGAUUUCUUGUAAAUAUUUAAAGGAGAAGUCUGACUGUCCCUGUGCAGUGCUGUGCUGUAAAGCAGUAGGAAGGCGGCUGCCCAUGUGUUUUCACAGGGGAUGGCAUCACUCGCUGGGUGUGCAGCAAGGUGCAAGACACCAGGAGAAAAUGGGACGGGUAUUUCUUCCUCGUCUCCUCGGGCCCACGCUGCAGUACUGAUGGGUAAGCACUGCCUGUGAGCCUGCCUUGUCUUUUAUUCAAGUCACUGAGAAAUUCACGCUUUUUAACUCAAGUCCGGAGUAUUGCUCUGCGUUUCCUGUGCUGUGAUAGUGCUGUCCUGCAGUCUCCUGUCCUUCUCCAGUAUCUUUUCCGUACCUACCAUGGGCCUGCAUCCAUGGGAGAAGGAAGUCCUUUGGCUCAUCGCAGCCAGUAAGCAUCACAGCUCUGCUUCCAAGAUUUCACUGUGACCAAUGGAGUUGUGCCACGCUUCAGUGCAAGAGCAACUGUCCCUUUGCCUGGAGGGCUCCACAGGAAUUUAAGAGUUCUGUUGAUAUGGAUGUUCAUUGCUGCACACCCAGGAUCCUCGUUUCCCUGGCUGCUCCCAACCUGAUGCCACCUGCAAACAUGACAAGAAUGCUUUCUCCAGGUUAUCGCUGCUGCCCGUGACAAAGUUGUGAAUGCAGAGGAAGGCUUCCCUCACAGCUUCAAAGAACAGAACUUCAUCAAAGCAUGGCCAUAAUUUAAAGUCUCUCCUGAACGCAGAGAGCGAGGAAGAGGAUGACAAUGAAAUGGAAGUUGAAGAUCAAGAUGGUAAAGAAGCCGAAAAGCCAAACAUGAUUAAUUUUGACACCAGUUUGCCAACAUCACACAUGUAUUUAGGUUCUGAUAUGGAAGAGUUUCACGGGAGAACGCUGCACGAUGAUGACAGCUGUCAGGUGAUUCCAGUGUUGCCCCAUGUGAUGGUGAUGUUGAUUCCUGGACAGACGUUACCUCUUCAGCUUUUUCACCCUCAAGAGGUUAGCAUGGUGCGGAAUUUAAUUCAGAAAGACAGAACAUUUGCUGUUCUUGCAUACAGUAACGUACGUGAAAGGGAAGCACAUUUUGGAACAACAGCAGAAAUAUAUGCCUACAGAGAAGAGCAGGAAUACGGAAUUGAAACGGUCAAAGUAAAAGCAAUAGGAAGACAGAGAUUCAAGGUGCUUGAAAUACGAACCCAGUCAGACGGAAUCCAACAGGCUAAAGUACAAAUCCUUCCUGAGCGAGUGCUGCCUUCAACAAUGUCAGCAGUACAGCUGCAGUCUCUCAGCCGACGUCACAUAUUUCCUUCUUCAAAACCUAAAGUGUGGCAGGAUCGAGCUUUUCGUCAGUGGUGGCAGAAGUAUCAGAAGAGGAAGUUUCACUGUGCCAGUCUGACAUCGUGGCCUCCCUGGCUUUACUCUUUAUAUGAUGCUGAAACCUUGAUGGAAAGAGUCAAGAGGCAGCUACAUGAAUGGGAUGAAAAUCUUAAAGAUGAGUCUCUUCCAACAAACCCAAUAGAUUUUUCUUACAGAGUUGCUGCUUGCCUGCCAAUUGAUGAUGCGUUACGCAUACAGUUGCUUAAAAUAGGUAGUGCUAUUCAGCGACUCCGAUGUGAAUUAGAUAUUAUGAACAAAUGUACAUCUCUUUGUUGUAAGCAAUGCCAGGAUACAGAAAUAACAACCAAGAAUGAAAUAUUCAGUUUAUCCUUAUGUGGACCCAUGGCAGCGUAUGUGAAUCCUCAUGGUUACAUCCAUGAAACCCUUACUGUAUAUAAAGCCUGCAACUUGAAUCUCAGUGGACGACCAUCAACAGAACACAGCUGGUUUCCUGGGUAUGCCUGGACUAUAGCCCAAUGCAGAAUCUGUGGGAACCAUAUGGGAUGGAAGUUCACAGCUACCAAAAAAGAUAUGUCACCACAAAAAUUCUGGGGAUUGACACGGUCUGCUCUCCUGCCUCGGAUUCCAGAAGCAGAGGACGAGUUGGGCCACGACAGAUCUCCGUUACUCUGCUUGUAAUCCAGUACCCUGCUUCGGAGAUGAACAGGCAGUACUCUGUCUCUUAGAUACAUCUGCUUAGUUCUGCUUUUGAUGCUCACUUAAAAACUAACAAAACAAGAACUCGCAGCCACGCGCAAAGAAAGCUUCACCUUUGGCGUGCAUCCACAUUGCUGUUGUUUCAGACACGCUGAGAACUGAAGGUAGAUUCUUAAAAAUGACAGCUGUGGAGAGAAGGUGGCACGAGACCCCAGGAAAUCAGUUCAUUUGGACAGACUUGACUCUGAACUUUCUACUUCCUCUGAACUUUCAUUUCAGGAAAAUGUUUGCUGCUAUCAGCCUGCAGUGAAAGAAAUGGAGUAUAAUUAUGCAACGUGAUGGUAGAUUCCAGUAGUUCAUUGCAGGAUAUUUCCCUUACCGAAAAGUGUUUUUGAUGAGAAUUCCUGUUUCUAACUAUGUGGAAUACUUGCAGUUUUAUCUCGUGAUGUUUGAAAUAUUUGCUGAAUAACCAUGAAAGAGCGUACAAGGCUGGAGGAUUCUGUGUUGGUGAUGUCAGUAGCAGUGGUGUAACUGGCAGAGCUGACUGCUGGGUGCAGCUAGAACAGCUAUGCCAGAAAAUGCCCUUUGAAAGGAGCUUAUAUGAAGUAUUUGGUCCUUAGAAGGUCUGUGGUGUAUUGAGCAUUUCUGACUUCAGAAGUCUUUUAAAUUUUGAAGUAUUGAUACAGAAUAUACUGAUCAGUCCCAGAACAUAAAAGACAUUGUCAUUUACUGUUGUUUACUUUGGAAUGUAAGUUCUAUAUUUUCUGAAAUAAUUUCAUUGGGAGAUCAGCUUCCAGGAAUGCGUGCCUGGGAUUCCUUGAAGUAUUCUCUAAAAUACCUAACUGGAGAUUUUUCUCUAAUACACAUUUUGAUGAGAGAGUCAGCAUAUCUUUUUUUCCCUUCGGUGCUUUAAUAUAAGGUAAGAUUUUAGAUUGUCACCUCACCUUAAAGAAACAAACUGACAGUGCUUUUCUCCCCCCACUCUUUUUCAGUUUGUUUGUUUCCUGGAAUUCUGUCUGUGCUACAGAAAUGGAUGCUAAAAGGGGGCAGCUUUUGCUACUGCUUGGUUGUUUUUUUUCCCCUCUGAACAAAUGCAGAAUCUGAAGAUGGCAAGAUUUCUUCACUUUGUGAGUGUACAUACACUUUUUUUUUUUUUUUUUUUUACCUCGAAGCUAUUGCAUUCACUAUUUCUUAUAAGUACAUUUUCAAGAACUUGCAUUGUUAAAUACUAUGAGAAUACUGUUUAAGGUUGAAGAUGCAACCCAAUAAUUGUUCCUUCCCAGUCGCAUCAGACAUGUAGCAUGGACAGAUUACUGCACUGAGAGGCUAAGGUCAGACCUCUGCAAGACAAGUAUGAUCUGAUCUCAUCUGAGUAGUAUUUGUUACAAUACAGCUUAGGAAAAAUCCAGAUGUGAAGAGAUGCCAGAUGCUGAAAGGCUGUUAGUAUAUUAUGCUGAGUAUGUAGAAACUAAUGAUUGUGUAACUCAGGUUUAGUUCUUUGAAGCCUUCUACCUCUGUGCUUCUGUAAUAACUUUUGUUUUCUCCAUAGACAUCUUUAAUACCAUAUUUAAUUGUCUGUGCAGUACUGAUUUGCCAGUGAACUGUGAAAAGCAAUACUUUGAAUAUAAUUCUGAACAAAUAGGGGGUGAAUGCGCUCAUUUUCUUGUAGAAAACGUUCAUUGUGUUUAUGUAAUAAGCUUUCAAAAGACUAAAGUAAGGAGUAGUGUGUGAGACUGUGAAACUUCUGUACCUAGAUAACCAGUAGAACCACACUUAGCUUCCCCCUCACUCCCUGCACACAGACACACACACACAGAGCCACACGUGACUUAGCUGUAGGCUUGUAUUGUUUUUUCCCCUCUAAGAUACUCAAGUACCUCUUGUUCCCAUUACCCUCAGUAGGGCUUGCGGGCACUGCUUAAGUAUCUUCUCCUGCCAUUUGCUUUCGGUGAGCGAGGCUUUCAGGAUGAUGAUUUUCUCAGCUCUCUGGAUUUCACAAGGUGUUUUGGGUUUUGGCUAAGUCUUUCAGAUGGCCUGAAUUAAAAAUGGCAUUAUGUUCACAAUGCUUAAAUACAAAAUAAGCAUAUUUUUGGUAUUGUGUGUAUAUAUAUAUAUAUAUAUAUAUAUAUAUAUAUAUAUAUUGUCAAGUGUAGCUAAUAUUACCAAGUGAGACAGCUCACAAGUAAAUUAGCACUAACUUCAUCUUAGCAUUGAUGAUGAUUUUUCAGCUGCCUGACUUUCUUCGAGUUCCCAUUUGUAAGUCUGUGACUUUGCAGGUUGAAAGCAAGCAUAAUUCAGCUUGCUGCAAAAUUGGGGAAUCCUGUCAUGGUGAAGCUGGCAGUAAAGUGCUACGAACUGCACAGCCAGCAUGUGACUUGCAGUGUGGAUGUGGAGUCAUGAAAGGCUCAAUAUGUUGAUGAAUGUUCUCUAUGCUUCUUUUAUCUUCUUUUGGAGAGAAAACUACUAGAAUGUUGGGACUGUGGAAAUCUAUUACUGGCAAAUAUGGCCAUCGUAAGCUUUUGAGAGCUAAGUACAAAGAAAAUCAGCAUAUCUUAUGGUAAUAGCUAUAUUUACUACAUUCAGUGGUUGGCACGUGGCUUCAUGCUGUAAUUAAUCCAGUUAAUGUGCUGGCUGCUGCCAAGAGAGAGUUUUUCUCCCACUGUAAUUUCUCUUCUUAUGGGAGACCUGGGAAUUACACAGCUGCAGGAUGGGUGUGCUGGUGGCACUGCGAUGGCCUUGCUAGGUCUGAUGAAAGGCUUAAAGGCAUGUUGGGGGGGAACCACUGGAGGAGGGAACCCCAGGGGGUUGCCCUCUUGUAGUAUUGCUGCAAUAGCAUAACGAUGUCAUACAAUCAGAGCCUGUAAUAUUGCGAGCUUUCUUAUAGCUUAGUUUUGAUGACUGUGUGGAAUGAUAACAGGAUACUUGCGCGCUUGUUCUAAAAUGUUCUAGCUGUUCAUUUUUUUUUAAUAAUAAUGCUAUUUUUGUAUGCGCUGCAGUUCAUUUUGUUCGUUGUCGAUCACCUUUAAUUGCUUUGUACGAGCUGUGGAAGGUGUAGCACAUUCUCUGCUUUAAGCAAACUCUUCCUCUGUCUGCCUUUUGGGACAAAUUUUCAGGAAAAUCUCAUUGCUUGCAAACAUUUGCAAAGAAUAAAAUUCAAUUUGUUUCAAACUGA